AGUUGAUGAAGCUAUUCUCGAAACGCCAUUACAGCUCUAUUCUCUCUCUCAAUCCAAAACCGAUCGAGAACCCAUCAUCUAAGGAAGCAAAAAUCGUCGAACUGUGCAAAUCCGGCUUCCUCUACGAAGCCCUCCAACUCCUAAACUCCAUUGAUUCCACCGAAAUCCGUGGAAAACCGAUCGUUUAUGCUUCCCUCUUACAAACAUGCACCAAAGCUCAUUCUUUCAUUCAUGGUCUCCAAUUCCAUUCCCAUGUCAUCAAAACAGGUCUCGAAACUGACCGCUUUGUUGGGAAUAGUUUACUUGCUCUGUAUUUUAAAUUGGGCUCGAAUUUCUCGGAGACUAGAAGGGUUUUUGACGGUCUCUAUUACAAGGAUAUUAUUUCUUGGACGUCGAUGAUAUCAGGGUACAUUCGUGUGGGAAAACCCGAGAAAUCCCUUGUCUUGUUUAGGGAAAUGUUAGAUUUUGACGUUGAGUCAAAUUGCUUCACCUUAUCUGCUGUGAUCAAGGCAUGUUCAGAGCUUGGCGAAUUGAAACUCGGCCAAUGCCUUCAUAGAGUGGUUCUUAGACGUGGGUUUGAGUGUGAUCUUGUUAUUGUUAGUGCUUUGAUUGAUAUGUAUGGAAGGAACUAUGAGUCAGAAAGUGCACGUAAAUUGUUUGAUGAUUUGCUUGAACCGGAUGCUAUUUGUUGGACUUCGGUCAUUUCUGCCUUCACAAGGAACAAUUUGUUUGAGGAAGCAUUGGUUUUUUUCUAUUUGAUGCUUAGGAAUUAUGGGCUAUCACCAGAUGGGUUUACAUUUGGGACAGUUAUGGCGGCUUGUGGGAAUUUGGGGAGGUUUAAGCAAGGUAAGGAAGUGCAUGCCAAGGCAAUUACUAGUGGUAUUCGUGGAAAUUUGGUGGUUGAGAGUAGCCUAGUGGAUAUGUAUGGAAAAUGUGGGCUGGUUUAUGAGUCACGAUCUGUUUUUGAUAGAAUGGAGAUAAAGAAUAUGGUUUCUUGGUGUGCUUUACUCGGGGCAUAUUGUCAAAAGGGUGAUUUUGACUCUGUCAUUGAUCUUUUCAGGGUAAUGAAUGAGGUUGAUCUCUACAGUUUUGGAACUGUUCUUCGUGCUUGUGCAGGUUUGGCAGCUGUAAGGCAAGGAAAAGAGGUCCACUGCCAGUACCUGAGGAGGGGUGGUUGGAGGCAUGUUAUAGUAGAAUCAGCUUUAGUCGAUCUGUAUGCCAAAUGUGGCUGUAUUGAUUUAGCCUAUAGGAUAUUUGUAGAGAUGCCUUCUAGAAAUUUGAUAGGUUGGAACUCAAUGAUUUGUGGGUUUGCACAAAAUGGAAGAGGUGCACAUACUAUUAGGAUGCUUGAUGAGAUGAUUAGGGAGGGAAUUGAACCUGAUUAUAUCAGUUUUAUUGGAGUUCUUUUUGCUUGUAGCCACACAGGCUUGGUCGAUCAAGGGCGCAAGUUUUUUAUCUCAAUGACCGAAGAAUAUGGGAUUAAAGCUGGAAUUGAGCAUUAUAGUUGUAUGGUUGAUCUCCUAGGCCGUGCUGGGCAGAUAGAAGAAGCUGAAAAACUAAUACAGAUGGCAGAAUUCAGAGACGAUUCUUCUCUUUGGGCAGCUCUUCUUGGUGCUUGCUCAACCAGUACAAAUCCAACUGUAGCAGAGCGUAUUGCUAAGAAAAUGAUGGAACUGGAUCCUGAUUACCAUUUGAGCUAUGUUCUUCUAGCUAACGUGUAUAGAGCAGUUGGCCGGUGGAAUGAUGCUCUAAAGAUUUGGAGGCAAAUGCGAGGUAGAGGAGUUAAGAAGAUGCCUGGGAAGAGCUGGGUUGAAACCAACAGGAACCUCGGUUUCUUCAAAAUCAAUGCUUAUUAG